AUGCCACCAGGCGCACGGGUUUCCAGGAAUUGCGGCAACUGCCGAUCCAUCAAGCGACGUUGCAUUCGCGCGCGGGAGGAAUGUUCGGGGUAUCGAGAUGAAUGGGAGCUCGUCUUCCACGAUCAAACGACCCAUACAAUUAAGCGUUCCAAGGAAAUACGGGCCAAAACAGCCAGUCUGACGAAUCGGAAUGGAUCGCCCGCGACCCGCUCUCCAAGCCCAAGCAUUGAGGAAGUGGGAGUCAACUAUUUCCUAUUCCAUUUCGUCACGGGCGGGCUGGCCCCUGCUCGCGGGUAUCUCAACUACGUGCCAGCAGUGUAUAGUGCCGAUGGCGAGCAUCCAACCUUAGUGGCCAGCAUGGCAGCUGUGGGACUUGCAGCAAUGGCAAACUCCACCCAACAGCCUGAAUUGGCCAAGCGAGCACAUGCAAAAUAUCAAGAAGCAAUACAGACUGUGAAUCUGGCGUUAAAAUCCCCGAUCGAGUCUGUCAAGGACAGUACCUUGAUGUCGGUGAUCUCUCUUGGGCUAUUCGAGCAAGUUGCCAAUUUCGAGACAUGGUGCCGAUAUGUGAAAGGGUCUGUCGCGCUGGUAAUUUCGCGCGGCAAAAGUCAGUUCUCGACCCUCGCCGCUAUUCCCAUGUUUAAUCAGGUGCGUGCAGACAUGUGUGCUGCCUGUGUCCAUAGUCAGGAACCGUUCCCAGCAGAGAUGCUUGAGUUGCAAGAAGAGGCAACAAAGCAGGCAGACACCUCCAGUGGCUUCUGGUUACUAGGAGUGCUGGCCACCCGGUGUAUCAAUCUUCUUUCGGAUGUUACGAUGACCACCAUCAAUGAUGCUGCAACUUUGACACACUUUAUGGAAGAAUCCAGUGCGCUCCAGCGUGACUUUCAAUACGUUCUUGGCAUAUUUAGCAAGCAGGAACCGUAUGAAACCGUUCUAGAUUACAAGGGCGAUCCAGACUUCAUUUAUAAUUCUCGAUUUGAUCUCUACAGAAACUCCUGGGCAAUAAGACUUUGGAACAACUCGCGGGUCCUCCAAGUCAUUGUCUGUGAGAUUCAGUUCCACCUUUUCGCCAAGGCACUCACCGCAGAUCUCCCACCAGCCCACAUGACGCAACUGGAGAUAGCCCUUGAGGAGACAUGUCAAACUCUCAUAAAUCUGGGAGGCGAUAUUCUGGCCACAGUUCCGCAGUCUUUGGGGAUUGUUUCGUCGACAACUCAGCCUCAUACUCCCACGGAUUCGUCCGCAAACACAAGUGUCUCAGGUGGACAUAUGCUCAUGUGGUGCCUCUACACGGUAGGCAAGUCUCCAGUUACAAGAAGCUGGACCCGAAAAUGGAUCAUGAGGCGUCUUCAGGAUAUCGGUCAAAACGCAGGCCUCCCAAUGGCCCUUCAGUUUGUCAAAGACAUAGAUGAAAUAGAAAAUGCAGCCAGCCUCUUGGAGCUCAAAUCUCCCUAG